UACUCAUGCAUAGAACGUGAACUUCCUUGUAUUCCAUGUUGAUAUUUCACGACUCAAUUUUCGAACGAUUUCUUCAAUGCUUUCGGCAUAUGAGUGUCGUCACCCGUUUAUAUCAUCGUGGUUAAUACCAUGUCUCUCUUAUCUAUUUUGCGAUUACCUAGAAUUACAGAAAAUAUUAUUGCUAUACAAUAUACAAUACAAGUGAAAAAUUAUGCAGUUGUUGAUAAAAAGAAAGUAAAAGGAACUAAACAAAAAAUAGAGUUACCAGUUGAAGAAGAUGUCAAUAAAUUGUUGAAUUAUGUAUGUGGAUCAAACAUUUAUAAAGAAGGAGAAGAUAUAAAAUUAAAGCCAGAUUCUGAAUAUCCUGAAUGGUUGUGGAAAAUUAGAACUGAACCAUUAAAAUUAUCAGAUUUAGACCCAAACACAAAACAGUAUUGGAGGUAUAUACGUAAAAUGACACAGAUAAGAAACAAUAAAAUUAUGAAAAACAAACGAUUCUAAAAAUUUUAUAAAUUCCAAAUCUAUAAUAAUAUUUCAUUUUAUCUUCUUCAUCUUCAUUACAAUAAUUUAGUGGCAGAUAAUUUUAUUAAAAUAUUGUUAAAAUCUUAUGAAAUGUAUGUAUAUAUAUAAAUAAAACUGUAUUUAUAAAAA